CCUUAUGGGUAAUGUAGUUUUUACUUAACGGAAGUUUGUGCACCCAAAAACGCGCGUCGUUUAGAAACAGUUGUGUUCGUUAAACUGGAACAUGUUGGGGCAAGUACUGGCGCAAAAACGAAGGCUUUUUUAAAAUGUACUUAAAAAACAAAAAACGUAGAAACCUCUGAAGUAAGUAGUUGUUCGGUAGCUAACACAACUGUAGUGUCCCGAGCCUGCUGCGUUAAAGUCGCCAGAAUGUUCGUCCUUAAACGUGUUUUGUCCGCUGUGCCUCAAAGCACCUCCCUCUGUGUGAGUCACUUUUCUGCCUGUUAUUGCCUCAAAACAUCCAGAAAAAGCAGCCCGUACAGUUCAGUGGACAGUGAGCGCUACUCUUCUCUGGUGAAGUCCGUCAUGUCCUCCAGGGUCAGUUCCCAAACCCCCGAGACCCUCCAAGCGGAAGAUGAGCACAUCUAUGGACCUGUUGUCAAAGCUCAAACUCCUACCAAGCAGGAGAAGAGGGAACCUAAAACCCUGCAUCCCUUCUUGAACUAUGAGGAGACUGUAGAAACAGAAGAGCCGGAGUCGUCGGGACCUCCAGCACGGAUUUCGUUGAACAGAGAUCAGGGCAGGUCCUUCGUACCGAGUGUGACCAGGAUCCUUCAACAGACUCUUUCCUCGGAGCAGAUCUUCUACCUGGAGAGAUGGAAGAGGAGGAUGGUCGCAGAGCUUGGAGAGGAAGGCUUCAAACAACACAGUCAGAAUUUAUUCAGACAAGGGAAGCUUCUCCAUUCAGCUCUGGAGGACAUUCUGACUUCAGGUGUAGCAUGGAAGGACACAAGUUCUUCAGAGACACCAGAGUAUCCAGCUGACGUACAGGGAUAUCUGCAGAGCAUCUCUCACAUACUGGAGGAUGUCAGUGCAGUGAGAGCCAUUGAAAGCACCGUACAACAUGGCACACUGAACUACCUGGGAAUUGUGGACUGUGUUGCUCGCUACAGGGGUGUACUUUGUGUUAUUGACUGGAAGACUUCAGAAAAACCCAAACCAUUCCUAAGCAACACAUAUGACAACCCUGUUCAAGUGGCAGCCUACGCCGGGGCUUUGAACAGUGACGGCAACUAUAAAUAUCAGGUUGAAAAUGGACUCAUUGUUGUGGCCUACAAGGACGGCUCACCUGCCCACGCUCACCAACUCAGUUCAGAGCUGAUGUUGGAGUACUGGAAGACUUGGUUGCUAAGGCUUGAAGAAUUUACAGAAAAUAGGUAAAAACAAGCCGGUACUUCAAGUACACUGCCAGAAAAGAGAU